AUGGCCGGAAAGAUGACUCUCUAUAAGUUGGUGGUGCUGGGGGAUGGUGGUGUCGGAAAGACGGCGCUCACAAUUCAGCUAUGUUUAAACCACUUUGUCGAAACAUACGACCCGACCAUUGAAGAUUCGUACCGCAAGCAGGUGGUGAUCGAUCAGCAAUCAUGCAUGUUGGAGGUUCUCGAUACUGCCGGUCAGGAGGAGUAUACCGCUCUUCGCGACCAGUGGAUCCGGGACGGCGAGGGGUUCGUUCUCGUUUACAGCAUUACGUCGCGUGCCUCCUUUUCCCGAAUAACGAAGUUCUACAAUCAGAUCAAGAUGGUCAAGGAAUCAGCAAACUCUGGCUCACCAUCCGGUGCCAGCUAUCUCGGCUCUCCAAUGAGCUCGCCAUCAGGCCCGCCUCUCCCAGUUCCCGUGAUGCUAGUCGGCAACAAGAGCGACAAAGCUGUCGAGCGGGCAGUCUCGGCCCAGGAAGGCCAAGCGCUCGCCAAAGAUUUAGGGUGCGAGUUUGUCGAGGCAUCCGCGAAGAACUGCAUCAACCGCAUGCAACAGCAAAGACCCCAGGAUCAUCGCCGGACGACUGGGCUAGGUCAGAUGCGUGACUCAGGGCCUGAAUACCCCAAAUCAUUCCGUCCCGACCGUUCUCGACACCGCAGUGGGCUCAAGUGUAGAAUGUUGUGA